CCCCCGCUGAGUCCCAACUUUCUCAGGAAGCUGUAGUCACAGCCACCACAGUCAGAGCCGCCUGCCUCCUGCCUCGGAGCCCUUACACCUGUGGGGUGGGCCCUGUUGUCACCCACCCCCAUUACAGAUGAGGAAACUCAGGCACAGUUCGACCCCCGUGAACAGCCUCCAUGAGGCCCUGGACCAGUGUAUGACCGCCCUGGACCUCUUCCUCACCAACCAGUUCUCAGAAGCACUCAGCUACCUCAAGCCCAGGACCAAGGAGAGCAUGUACCACUCGCUGACAUAUGCCACCAUCCUGGAGAUGCAGGCCAUGAUGACCUUUGACCCUCAGGACAUUCUGCUUGCUGGCAACAUGAUGAAGGAGGCACAGUUGCUCUGUCAGAGGCACCGGAGGAAGUCUUCCGUAACAGAUUCCUUCAGCAGCCUGGUGCACCGCCCCACUAUGGACCAGUUCACAGAAGAGGAGAUCCACGCUGAGGUCUGCUAUGCGGAGUGCCUGCUGCAGAGAGCGGCCCUGACCUUUCUGCAGGAUGAGAACAUGGUGAGCUUCAUCAAGGGCGGCAUCAGAGUGCGAAACAGCUACCAGACCUACAAGGAGCUGGACACCCUGGUCCAUUCCUCCCAGUACUGCAAGGGAGAGAGCCACAGGCACUUUGAGGGAGGCGUGAAGCUUGGCGUGGGAGCCUUCAACCUGACGCUGUCCAUGCUCCCAACCAGGAUCCUGCGGCUGCUGGAGUUCGUGGGGUUUUCAGGGAACAAGGACUACGGGCUGCUGCAGCUGGAGGAGGGCGCGUCGGGGCACAGCUUCCGCGCCGUGCUCUGUGUCAUGCUGCUCCUGUGUUACCACACCUUCCUCACCUUCGUGCUCGGUACCGGGAACGUUAACAUCGAGGAGGCCGAGAAGCUCUUGAAGCCCUACCUGAAUCGAUACCCGAAGGGUGCCAUCUUCCUGUUCUUCGCUGGGCGGAUCGAAGCCAUUAAAGGCAACAUUGAUGCGGCCAUCCGGCGGUUCGAGGAGUGCUGUGAGGCCCAGCAGCACUGGAAGCAGUUUCACCACAUGUGUUACUGGGAGCUGAUGUGGUGUUUCACCUACAAGGGCCAGUGGAAGAUGGCCUACUUCUACGCCGACCUACUCAGCAAGGAGAACUCCUGGUCCAAGGCCACCUACAUCUACAUGAAGGCCGCCUACCUCAGCAUGUUCGGGAAGGAGGACUACAAGCCGUUCGGGGAUGACGAAGUGGAGUUAUUUAGAGCUGUGCCAGGCCUGAAGCUCAAGAUUGCUGGGAAAUCUCUACCCACAGAGAAGUUUGCCAUCCGCAAGUCCAGACGCUACCUCUCCCCCAACCCCGUCUCGUUGCCAAUCCCUGCUCUGGAGAUGAUGUACAUCUGGAAUGGCUAUGCUGUGAUUGGGAAGCAGCCGGCACUCACGGAUGGAAUCCUUGAGAUUAUCACCAACACCGAAGAGAUGCUGGAAAAGGGCCCAGAGAAUGAGUACUCAGUGGAUGACGAGUGCUUGGUGAAACUGUUGAAGGGGCUGUGUCUGAAGUACCUGGGCCGCAUGGAGGAGGCUGAGGAGAAUUUCAGGAGCAUCCCUGCCAAUGAGAAAAAGAUUAAAUAUGACCACUACCUGAUCCCAAAUGCCCUGCUGGAGCUAGCCCUGCUGUGUAUGGAACAAGGCAGAAACGAAGAGGCCAUCAAGCUCCUGGAAUCUGCCAAGCAAAACUACAAGAACUAUUCCAUGGAGUCAAGGACACAUUUUCGAAUCCAGGCAGCCACACUCCAAGCCAAGUCUUCCCUAGGGAACGUCAGCAGACCCCUGGUCUCAUCUGUGUCCUUGUAGAUUUGCGCACCACUCCCGAGCUGGAAGACGAGCAGAGACAACUGAACAAAGCUCCUGGAAACAUUUCAAAAGAUCCCCUCCCCCUGCCCUGCCCUGCCUUUGGGGUCCACCAGCGCUCCAGUGGGAUGGCACGACCUGGGUAUCCAUGCCAAAGCAAAGCUGGCAUUUUCACCAGUGUGGUCAAGGGCCUUUGCCAAGGGUAGAACAGGUGGAGGCCUCUGCCUGCCCUCUCACACAUACGGGUACUCGUUUUUCACUGUGAUGCUUAAGAGAAUGUAUGAACAGUUUACAUUUUCCUUAGAAAUACAUUGAUGGAUCAGAGUUGGCUUUAAGAAAAUACCAACAACCCCUGUAAAUCUUUGUUUUCACCCAUCCUGACCCAAAGGUAAAUCUCUCUAUCUGAUGCCAAAGACCAAAUUGCUUUUCCAAUUUCGGCAAGGUCUUUGUUUCUGGGGGUGGGAAGGCCCUUCUCUCAGAGGCCCUGGGGAAAGCCUGGGAGACAGGCUUCCGGGCUUGCGGGGUGGUGAGCACAGAAGCUGCACACAGAUACCCACUGCCUGGCUUCCCACACUUGAUGUAACUUUCUGAUUUAAAAAUCAAGCAAAAUCUUUUUAAUGAGAGAACAUUUGAGUGCAUCUAUAGAAAAUUAUGUUUCCACCAGUAGGGAAGGGAGAAAGCCUGACAAAGGAAGUGUGUGGCCCUUUCCAUGCCAAAACCAGGAAGUCUAGGGGAUCGGGGUAGGGGAGGCGCUCAGAAACCGUCUGCGUCCUCACUGUUUGCCAGGCUGAAGCCAUCGGGAAUCGUUUAUGAAACAUGAAAAUCUCCUGUCCUUCAAGAUGCAUUAUUUCCUGACAGGAUUUUUCUUAGAAAUAGAAUGGUUAUUAUGGCCUGUUGUAUAGG